AUGGACAAGAAAGUUAUUAAUCAAGCAGCUAAAAGCUCUGCACCAGGUGUCAAGAUAAAGAAAUCAUCAGUUCCAGGAGUCACACUGGUCGAAUAUACAGAAAAUAUCCCAGAAGGAUGUAGUCCACCUGACAUUGAACGCCGACCAAUCUCACUGACCAUGCAGGAGGGUAAAAGUGCUAAUUUUAAAGCACUUGUACGAGGAAAUCCAAAGCCUACUGUAGUCUGGACCUUCAAAGAGAAAAAUCUAACAAAUGAUAACAAUUACAAAAUCUACCAAGACAUAGUUACAAGUGAACACAUUUUGCAGGUAAAACAAUUGACUGCAGAGGAUGCUGGUUCCUAUAAGUGCGUCUUUUCUAAUGAAUAUGGAGAAGCCAGGUGUGUAACAAAUCUGAAUAUUAUAGAAGAAAAAGUGCCUGACCCAGUGGAUUUUCGGAAGAUGCUGAAGAAACGUGCCCUGCCUGAAAAGAAACGAGAUAACGUUGUGGAUGAAAAGGUCUGGGAAAUUCUCAUGAAUGCUGACAAGAAAGAUUAUGAAAGGAUCUGCAUGCAAUAUGGCCUCACUGACUUUCGCGGCAUGUUGAGAAAGCUGAAGCAGAUGAAAAUUGAAAGAGAGGAAAAGCAAGCAGCGUACUUGAAAUAUAUUGGCAAUUUGAAACAUGUUGAAACAAAGACAGAUGGUUCAGCUAACUUCGGAUUUGAUAUGGAGCUCAAGAAUCCAAAUCUGAAUAUUUUCCUAUAUAAGGAUGAAGAAAUGAUCCCAUAUUCAAUGAGUGAGGAUGGAAAGCAUCACCUUAAGAAGGUUGGCAAAAGGUAUAACUUCUGUAUCAAGGAUCUUCAGCCAGAUGAUAUUGGAAUGUACAAGAUAAAUGUGGAGGAUGCAGCUGUUUUUGCAACAGAGGUUGAUAUCAGUCAUAUUCCUGUUACUUUCAAACAGCCAUUGCAAGAAUGUAAAUGUGCUGAAACAGAAGACGCUGUCUUUAAAUGCACCAUUUCAGUACCCAUAGCUGUAGAGUGGGUAUACAAAAAGAUAACACUGGAAGAUAGCGAUAAGUAUCAAAUUAUGGUCUCACCAGAUGGUUUAACACAUUGUCUGAUUGUAAAGGAUGUACAUCCCGUAGACAAAGGAGUGUAUACCAUUAUAGCAGGAGCUGGAUCCUCAAGUGCAUACCUAACAGUGGGAAAAAAUCUAGGUACUAUCUCACGUCAUUCAAGAAAGGAAAAGGACUCUUCAGAUAUUAAUUUGAAGCAAGAUUUGGAUGAUUUAAAGAAAGAUGGCAUAAAAGGCACCACAGAGAGAUUACCACAUGAUAAAGAUAUGACUAAAGGUGGUCUGAAGAGAGGAAAUGAUCUCUCAGAAGAUGACAGAAGUCUAUUUGGUAGAAGAGGUUUGCAGGACUCUGCAGCAGAUGGAUUGUAUGGAGAUGAUAUAACUGACUCUGGGGAAUAUGGCAGAAUGGGAAAAGAUGGCAGUGGAAUUGGAAGUGAUGAUUUUGAUGGAUUAGGGAGAAUGGAUAAAGAUGGCGUGGGCAGAUUGGAUGGCAGUGGAAAAGAUAGCAUGGGUGAACUGUAUAGAAUGGGAAAAGAUGGCAAGGGCAGUCGGGAUGGAAUGAAUAGAGAAGGAAUGGGAAAAGAUCGGAAAGGCAAAUUGGGGGGGAUGGGAAAUGAAGGCAAGGAUAGUUGGGAUGCUAUGGGAAAAGAUGGAAAGGGCAGUUUGGGUGGAAUGGGAAAAGAUGGGAAGGGCCAAUUGGGUGGAAUGGGAUUAGAUGGUAUGGAUAGUUGGGAUGGAAUGGGUAAAGAUGGGAAAGGCAGUUUGCGUGGAAUGGGAAAUGAAGGAAAGGACAGCUGGGAUGGAAUGGGAAAAGCUGGAAAGAGCAGCUUGCAUGGAAUGGGUAAAGAAGGAAUGGGAAUUGGCAGUAAAAGCAGACUGGAUGGAUUGGGAAAAGAUAGUAGGGGUGGAUUAGAUGGAAUGAGAAAAGGUGGCAUGGGUGGAUUAGAUGGAAUGGGUGGAUUAGAUGGAAUGGGUGGAUUAGAUGGAAUGGGAAAAGGUGGCAUGGGUGGAUUAGAUGGAAUGGCAAAAGACGGGAAAGGCAGAUUGGGUGGUAUGAGACUUGGUGGUAAGGGCAGAUUGGAUGAAAUAGAAGAUGACAUGGAUGGAGCGGAAGGAAUGGGAACAGAUGGAAAGAGCCGAUUGGCUGGAAUUGGAAAGGAUGGCAAGCGCAGUUUGGAUGGAAUGGGAAGAGAUGGAAGGGACCGAUUGGAUGGCAGUGGAAUAACUGAUAUGAAAGGUUUGGAUGGCAAAAGCAGAUUGAGCGCAUCAGGUUGUAAAGAAACACAAAAUAAUUUAGAAACUGGUUCUGAUCAAAACAAAAGUGGUUUGGCAGGGUAUGGUGACUCUGCCCUUGCUGGAAUUGGUGGUAAAGGUCAUGGUGGUCUUGAUGACGUUGAUGCCUUAAGUGGUGGGCUGUUGAAUAUGAGUGGAAGUGCUGGAGCUGCAAAAGGUGGACGUGCCUCAUCAGCAGGCAAUAAAAAAGGUUUACUGGGAGAUGAUAAAAUGUCAGUCCAAGAUGAAUCCAUGGCUGAGGGUAAACAAGACCUGUUGGCUUCUGAUUUAUCCCAGAGUGCUAGAAGGAGAAAAGGAAAACUUUCAGAGAGUGAACUUACAGCAGACCAGAAUCUCAAGAACAAAGGCACUUCACUCACAUCAGAUUUUCUUUGCGAUAAUAUAGGAGCUCACCACUUCAAAAGUGGUCUUACAGACAUCAGUGCCAGGAAGGGAGGGGCAACUGAACUUUGUUGUGUGAUGAAGAAUGAAGAAGCACAAGGCUCCUGGUUUAAGGAUGGUAAAAAGUGCUACUGGUUAACAUCAGAUCCACCAGAAUUUGAUCAGGAUGUACUCGACCAACUGGAAAAGAAACCUAUACUUGUUAAGUCUGGUCAUACUACAACAGUGAAAGUGCCAUUCGCAGGAAAACCACCAAUGAAGGUGUCUUGGUAUAAGGAUGGGGAUGAACUGUUAAAUGACAACAGGAUCAAAAUUGACAAUAUUGGAAAUUUUACACGAUUGUCAAUCUCCAACUGCAAUAGAAAGGACAGUGGAAAUUUAACAGUUAAAUUGAAGAAUGAAAGUGGUACAGCAAGUACAAACAACAUUAACCUGUGUGUCACUGAUAAACCACAGGUACCUCAGGGGCCUGUAGAGGUUCUUGAAAGUUCUGAAGGUUGUAUCUCCUUUAAAUGGAAACCACCCAAAGAUGAUGGCGGUAAUCCUAUAAAAAACUACAUAAUUGAAAGACAACUGAUAGGAAGAAAUACGUGGACUAAAGUUGGUGAAGUGGAUGAGUCAAAAACAACAUUUUCUUUUACCAAAGUGGAACCUGGAAAGAAUUACAAAUUCAAAAUUUGGGCAGCGAAUUCUGAAGGUGUAAGUGAGGCAUUGGUAUCAGAUGCAGUCACAGCUGGUAGAAGAGCUGUUCCUGGACCUGUUGCAACACCGAAAAUCCUGAAUGCAAACAGCAAGUCCAUUACAUUGUCGUGGUCUCCCCCAAAAAAGAUUGGAAGUUCCAGCUUAAUUGGUUAUGUCAUAGAAAAACGCAAGAAGGGUAGCAACACAUGGACUGUUGUCACUGACCCUCCAAUUACAGAAAAGAAGUGGACAGUCACUGAUGUUGUUGAGGGGCUAGAAUAUGAAUUCCGAGUGAUUGCAGUGAACUCUUCUGGUUUGGGAGAACCCAGCUGUGAAACUGAUUCUGUGUUUGCUCGCGAACCCAUAAGGCCACCUGGCACUGUGAGAGACCUCAGAAUGACAGACUCCACCUUCUCAACCAUAUCUCUGGCAUGGACUCCACCAACAUACCAAGGCAAUGAAGCAGCAAAAGGUUACAUUGUUGAAAUGAAAUCUUCUGGAAAUGCAGCUUGGACUACGUGCAAUCAUGUUCCUAUUGGGUUGAAUUCAUAUACUGUGAAAAAUUUAAAACCAAUGGGAUCGUAUUUUCUCCGUGUGAGAGCUAUCAAUGAUGGUGGAAUGGGGGAGCCUUUAGAAUUAGACAAUUAUAUCCUUGCCAUGCUGCCACCAGUGCCCCCCAAGUUUAAAUUGGAUGAAUCCUUUAAAAGUUUUAUGAUCAUCAAAGAAGGAAAUUCACUUCAAGUCCAGAUGCCAUUUCAAGCAUCACCUCCUCCUGAAGUAAUUUGGCUCAAAGAUGGACUACCUUUGUCAAAACAAGCUUCAGUAACCAGUACCAAUGAUGGCACUCAGCUUUUUAUUCCAGCUUGUCAAAGAUCUGACUCUGGAAUUUAUUCCAUAACACUAAAGAAUCCUUUUGGACAAGAUUCAUAUAGUUUUGAGAUAAGAGCUACAGCUAUCCCCAAACCCCCAGGUCUGGUGACACUGAAUGAAAAUGUCCCAAACACAGUGACAGUUUCUUGGGAACCAUCCAGAGAUGAACCUCUUGAUGAUCAUCUGCAUUAUGUUGUCAAGAAAAGAGAUUCAAGCCGACAAAUGUGGCACACUGUGGGAGAUAACAUCUUUAACAAUAAAUUUACGGUCAUAAAUGUGAUUCCAGGCCGUAAAUACUACUUCAGGGUUCUGGCAAAAAAUGAUUUGGGUUAUAGUGAACCUUCAGACACACAGGAGCCGUGGUGCAUUACAAAGCAAAGAGAUCCAUUUACUUUAAAAUUCCCAGACUACAAGGGUGUGAACAAUAUGAGAGCCCCUGAAUUUACUGUGAAGUUAAAGACUCAUGUUGCACCCAUUGGAUCUGAUGUUUGCAUGAGCUGUGCUGUUAAAGGGUACCCAAAGCCUAAUGUGACCUGGUUCAAAAAUAAUAUAGCUAUCAUGAGCAAUGCAAAUUUCUGGUCGACAAAUGUCUGUGGGGUUUGUUCCCUUUGCAUCUUUGGUGCAAGCCCAAAAGAAACUGGAGAAUACAUGGCCAUUGCAGAGAAUUCAGUUGGAAGAGCUACCUGCUCAACCAGGUUAACAAUCAAAGCGUCACAAUUCAGGUUUGUGAUUGGUUCGUCUAAAGCCGGGUGUCCUCGUAUGAUUGGCACAAGUAGCUGUCAAACAGUGUCUUGUCUCUGA